AUGGAUCAUGGUUCGACGCAAACCGAUCCUUGGUCUGCUGGAGAUCCACACGGCGUUGCCUUGCGUGGGAGGGUUGAGAAUCGCGAGACGAUAGUCGUCUGCUCCGCGUCAACUGCAAGGGACGAGCGUCGCCGUCGGGAAGAGAGCCUUCUCUUCUCGCGAGCCCGAAGCCAGCAGGCCAGAGAGCUCCGACCCGCUAGAUGA